AAAUACAUAAACCAAUCAUUGAAAAUAAAAUAUAUGCGAAUGGAUAGGAAUCAAUUGUGUCAUUUAGAUGUUUAAGCAAAUGCAUUCCGAAGAAAGAGAAACUUCCUGUGGCUAGAAUUCAAGUUCACCCAGUCAGCCCUUCACACUUGUUGCGGUCUAGAACUAAAACUUCACCCAAACUUAGUUAAAUGUUAGGAAUAUCUAUAUAUGGCAUAUUGUUUUAACUACAAAUAUUAAAAUUUUAUUUAAUAAACAAUUUUACUUUACAUUCUUCUUUUGUUUUCACCAUCUUUCUUCGGCUUCUUCUUUGAAUGUUGCAAUCAUGGCUAACACCGAUACAAUAAGAACCGCUAUUGGAGUAAUUGGAAAUGUCAUCUCUUUUUGUUUAUUCAUGUCUCCACUGCCUACAUUUAUAAAAAUAUGGAAAGCAAAAUCAGUGCAAGAUUUCAAACCUGAUCCAUAUGUGGUAACUGUACUCAAUUGUGCAAUGUGGGCAUUCUAUGGAUUGCCCUUCGUGACUGAAAAUAACACUCUUGUCAUCACUAUUAAUAGUUUUGGCUUGGUCAUUGAGAUAAUCUACACUCUCGUCUUCUUCGUAUUCUCUGACUGGAGUAAACGCAAGAAGAUAUUGUUGAUAAUUCUAGUUGAACUCGUGUUCCUUGUGUUGGUGAUAUUUCUUGUCAUGUAUCUUGUUUCCGCCCACAAGGAUAGAAGGCUCAUUGUUGGAUGUAUAUGCGUAAUCUUCAAUGUCCUUAUGUACUUUGCACCUUUGACUGUGAUGCGUCAAGUAAUUAGAACGAAGAGCGUGAAGUAUAUGCCUUUCUUACUUUCAGUUGCCAACUUCCUCAAUGGAGUCGUCUGGACCAUUUAUGCACUCCUCAAAUGGGAUCCAUUCAUAGUGAUUCCCAAUGGGUUGGGAACACUUUCUGGAUUGCUUCAGCUCAUCCUUUAUGGCAUUUACUACCGAACAACGAGGUGGGACGACGAUGCUUCGCCUAGUAUCAACAUGGUAUGAUUGACAGAAAGACAGUGGAAGUUCAAAGAAAAAAUGUUGUUGUUCAUUACAAUACAUACCGAGGUCCAUGGGGAUUUUUCCUUUUUCUCUCUUUUUUUUGACAGGAAUAACUUAUUUUCAAAUUGUUGAAAUCAUAGCACUGAUCUCUUGUAGAGUUGAGUUACUUCAGAUAAUUAGAGCGAGUGUUGUGUACCUAAACGAUGUAUAGGCUCAUUUGAGUUUGCUUAUAUUUAUCAAGAGAUUAUAAUAAUCAUUAGAUGACAGGGGAAAAUGACAUAUUUAUCAUAAAUGAAAAUACAGAAUGUUCACGA